GGAAGAGCCUGGCUUGCGAGGCUACAGUAACCUUGCGUAUCCCGUGUAAUCCCCGUAUAAUUUCAAAUUCGAUAGACUUGCAUGGAAUCUCUAACUAAAACACAAGAUCGAGAUGCAAAGAGAUCAAAGACGGAAUCUGAAACAGAGCUGCCACAAGAUAACGAGGAAAUUCGUACGCUGAAAGAACAAUACGAAAGUCUUAUUUCCAAAAAGAAGUCGUUACAGAGAGAAUUGGAGAACGUAAUGCCUCAGAGACUAGCGAGUUCACUGAUGCAAGAAGUCACAGGCGGGAAACUCCCGGAUUACACGACCUCUGCUUUACAACGAGAAGUUCUAGUCAGAGCAGUGAAGACAGCAGAGAAACGAAAACACGAAGACAUUCUUUGGGCAUAUCGUUUGGCUGGCCUGUCAGCUAAAGUUGAAGGAACAACUGCAAUGUUGACCAUCGAGACAUCACGCAGUGGACAAUAUUUCGAGCCAUUCUACCUGGAAUUAAAGUUUGCAGAUAAAAUUCAUAUUGGGCACCACACUGUACCAUAUUUUAUUCCAUUGAAGUCAAUCGCCAGCUCUCAUUUAAAUUCAAAUGCAAAACUGUUUGUGUCCACUGUGCAUAGGCAUUUGAAUGCUUACGUGUCCAGACGACAGCAGGCUUACGACACUCAACAACAACACAAAGACUGGAUCUCUGGCCGCGUGGAUGCAAGCUACGCCGUUGAUUACGUUCACUUUACAUUAAAGCCAAUUGGUGCUCUCGAAGAGCCUCUAGAGGUGCGACUUCUGUAUACGGAUCUAAAGUCAAGUCUUCCAGAAGUUGUUAAAAUUACACCAAAAGAUGCUCAGACGGUACAUGCGGGAGUAAAACGAUGGUGUCGGCAACAGAAAGUUACGUUCAAGGAACAGCAGCUUCCAGAAGCUGUGACAAUACUGAUAUUAUCUUUGACGGGUACAAACUAAAUAACUGUCCUUCAAA